AUGGAUCAGCAGCAGGAGAGCAUAGUCAACACCGGACGUGUGGUCCAAGCGCUGGUGACACAGGUGUCUGAGCUCACACAGCAAAUCCAUCAGCUGACCUCUCCCGCUCCGCCACUCGCACCGUCCGUUCCCCUGGACAUCCCCGAAAACCACUGCCGGCCCGAACCUCGUCUUCCGGUGCCGGAGAGUUACUCUGGUGAGCCUAAUUUCUGCAGAACAUUCUUGACUAAGUGUUCCAUGCACUUUUCCCUACAGCCUUGCACCUUUGAGACUGAGAAGUCCAAGGUGGUGUUUGUCUUAACACUACUCUCCGGUAGGGCAGCUCUGUGGGAAACAGCGGUGUGGGAGAACCACAACCCAUGCUAUGCCUCUCUGAGGAAAUUAGGAGAGUGUGGGCUGUGGCCGGCGGAUCUCAAGCAAGGAAAUCUCUCUGUGGCUGACUAUUCCAUCAAGUUUCGCACCUUGUCGGCUGCGUGCAAGUGGAACGAGGAGGUGCAGUGGGAUAGAUUCCUGCAUGGGUUGGCCGACCGUGUUCACAAGGAGAUCUACCUCCUCGAGUUGCCAACCAGCCUCAAUGGGCUCAUUGACUUGGCACUCUGCGUGGACGGUCAGAUUUACCGCCUGGGGGUGCAGACCAGUCACGCAUGCAUUCUCAGUAUCCCAGAGAGUGGUAACUCGAGUCGAGAGAACAUGGUCGGUUCCGUCAUCGAUCACAAACCCAUGCAGAUCAAUUGCAGCACACUCAAUGCCCAGGAACUGCCGCACGUCACCCACACCACAGAACCCAUGACUCUCCUCACCUCUGGCAAUCACACUGAAACCAUAUCCCUUCUCCUCAUGGACUCCCCUGUGGCACCCAUCGUGUUAGGUCAUCCCUGGUUUGUCAAGCACAACCCACGAGAGGAGACUACGGUUUUGUCAAACGUGCCCACGGACUACCUGGACCUGAAGGAAGUGUUAAGGUACAUCGUCUCGUCUGAGGGCAUACAUAUUGAUCCUGACAAAAUUAAGGCUGUGAUAGAUUGGCCAAGCCCUGAAUCCCGUAAGGCCCUACAGCGGUUUCUGGGGUUUGCCAAUUUUAUCAGCGCUUCAUUUAGUUUCUUAUUUGUCUGUAUCUAUAUCUGUCUUGUUGUAGCAUGUGACGCUGGCACCUAUGGCCCAGGCUGCAGUCAAACCUGUUACUGUCACAAUAAUGCCACCUGCGACCCUGCUGAUGGGAAAUGUGAGUGUGGAGCAGGAUGGACAGGGAGCAGCUGUGAACAAGAGUGCCCAUCCGGUUUCUAUGGUGUGGGCUGCCACCAGCACUGCUUGUGCCAGAAUGGAGGGUCAUGUGACCGAAUCAGCGGGCACUGCACGUGUCUAAGUGGACGGACUGGAGUGGCAUGUGAACUGGAAUGUGCUCCGGGACACUUUGGCAUGGACUGUCAACACAAGUGUGAGUGUGAGAAUGGCGGUGUGUGUGAUGGACAGAAUGGCAGGUGCUCCUGUCCCGCAGGCUGGAUGGGCUUGCGCUGUGAGAUGGCAUGUUCUCAAGGUUCAUAUGGUCCAGGCUGUAAGCAGCAGUGCAGGUGCGAUCAUAAUGCCCCAUGUCACCACAUCACUGGCACCUGCAUCUGUCCUGCAGGCUGGAGAGGGUCGCACUGCGAGAAAAUUUGUUUACCUGGUUCAUUUGGGAAGCGAUGCGCUCAGCGAUGUCACUGUCCUCGUGGCACUUCCUGUAACCAUGUGACCGGGGAGUGUGGCUGCCCACCUGGGUUUACUGGGAAUGGCUGCGAACGAGUGUGUCAGUCAGGUAUGUUCGGACUGAACUGUAAUCAGGUGUGUCAGUGCUCCGAGGUUCAUCAGCUCUGUCACCCCGUCACCGGCGUCUGCUACUGUGCUCCAGGAUAUCAAGGCAGCAAGUGUGACACAGAGUGUGCGGUGGGUAAUUAUGGUCCUAACUGCGAGCAGAGGUGCCAGUGUCUGAAUAACGGAGUGUGCAAGACCAGCACUGGCACCUGCACCUGUCCACCGGGAUACAUUGGACCAAACUGCAAUAUCACCUGUCCAUCAGGGCGUUACGGGCAGGACUGUGCACGAGUGGCUUUGUGUGGUGAAGGGGCCCGGAGCGAUCCGGUCACUGGCAGAUGCGUGUGCAAAGCGGGACAGCGAGGGGAAGACUGCGGCAAAGGUUGUCCUAAGGGCUGGUUUGGGGAGGACUGUGCUCAGUGCUGUAACUGCAGUAAUGGAGGACUGUGUGACGCGGUCACAGGAAACUGCACCUGUGGACUGGGCUGGACAGGAGACAGUUGUGAUACAGAGUGUCCCAGAGGCCGAUAUGGGGCCAACUGCAGGGAAAUAUGUUAUUGUAAAAAUAACGGCACCUGUGACAGAGUGACGGGCGAGUGUCGCUGUCCUCCUGGGUAUUACGGACAUCUCUGUGAACAUGCAUGCCCUGUUGGUUUCCAUGGACAUCGCUGCCAGCUUUUGUGUGACUGUCGUGCCAAUGCACCUUGUGACCCUGGAACUGGCCGCUGUCUCUGUCCUCCAGGAUAUCAAGGACUCCUCUGUGAUAGAGAGUGUGAUCCAGGUACAUUUGGGCCUAAUUGUGUCCAUAAAUGUGACUGUGACGAAGACACACCAUGUGACCCUGUCAGUGGCAGGUGUCUGUGUGCACCUGGGAAAACGGGAUCUCACUGUGAUAUAGACUGUGGAGUGAAUCAGUUUGGGCCUGACUGCUCAGAGAGAUGUGAAUGUCACAACGGAGGUCAGUGCAAUCCACGCAAUGGACGCUGCACCUGUCUCAACGGUUGGGUCGGACCAAGCUGUCGACAGGGGCUCACGUCUAGUCAGAGAACUAGCAGAAGCAAAAGGAAGGACUCCGAAUCAGGAUAGCAGUCCCACUCAGUUCACUAACAGACACACAGUUUCACUGACUGUAAACUCACCUGGCUUCAAUUUGUGACUGGACUAUUUGCUAAAAUGGAAGCCUUUGUAGCAGUUUUUUUUAUUUUUAAGAUCUUUGGAUUAAGGUCCAAACCAUCAGAUGACUCGGACUAGGAAAAACUCAGAUGGAGUCAAUAAAUGAUAUACUUUCUCAACGAAAAGUGGACAACAUAAAGUCCAACAUGAAGGAGAAGACUAUUCAUAUUGAAUUUCCUCAUGGAUUAGGAACAAUUCAAAGGAGCUUUUUCAGCAUCAGUUCUGCUCAGGGAGAAUGAACUUCCUGAUGACUUCAGUUUAUCUCUAAUCAAGAAAAGCACCAAAUCAAGGCCCUGGCUUCACCUGGAACUGAGCUGAAUCCCGGUAACACUGUGAUCUUAAACAAGGGCCUUAAAGGAACAGUGCACUCAAAAAUCAAACUUCUGUUGUCAUUUAUGUAACUUCAUGUUCUAUGGUUUGGUACCCAUUUAACCCCAGGGUUUUUUUUUUCUUGAGUGGGAAUUUUUGGAAUACUUCUAUUAAAGGUAUCUUACAUCUUUCAUUAUGAAUAUUUUAAGUAAUAAUUUCUUUUAAGACUUUAGGUAGAAUGUUGCACAAAAUUGAGCAGAUUUGUUACUACGGUGUACAAUAUUUGGAUGUUGACAUACUGUCCAUAUUUCAAAAUAUUUCAAGUAAUACAAAAAUAUGAAACUGGAGUCUUUUUUUCUGUUUGUUUUUAACCUGUGUACAUAUUGUAUGAAUGUAAGUUUUCAUCUGUGAAUUCUUGUGUACAAUUUUAUUUUACAGAUAACUGUACUGUCAACAUUAUAAUCACUAUGUUUCCUCUUAUACUAAACCAGUGUUUUGUUAUUUUAGGGUUUGUGCAGAAAACUGAUUUAUUUUUGUACAGUACCAUCUCACAUAACUAUGGAUAUUGUAAAGUGUGAUUUGCAUUCUCAAUUAACUCAAAAGAAAAUGUAUAUUUCAAUAUUUCUGCAGCUAAGCCAGGGCCAAAGAUAGCACUUAAAAGCUUGUUUUCUCAGCAGCCAUGGCAAACACGGUUGAUGCUUUUUCUUUGUUUUUGUAAAGGCUGUUUUUCAGGAAGCUUACAAAUGUUUUAUUCAUGGUUAAAGGUCUGUAAGGGGUGUAGAAAUAGGCUUUUCAUUUUUUAAGUUUUUUUUUAAAUACCUGCAGUUAAAUAAUUUAGAUAUUUCAUAUGCUGUUCUGUGUGCAUUCUUAAGGAGUUUAACAGGCAGAAAUAAUCAAAAGAAUAUUGACAUUGCUUUGCAAUUUGCACAUCAUUAAACUAGAAUGAUUUACCAAAAAAAAGGGGGAGGGGGGUGACAUUGAACUGGUACUUUUUUCAGUUUUCCAGAACAAAAUACUUUGUUUUUAUAAAGAAAAAGCAUAUACAUAUAUAUAUAUAUAUAUAUAUAAUUUUUUUUUUGCUCUUAAAAAUGUUUGUUGUACACUUAACCAUUCAAUAAAUGUAUUCAUUGUAUGGUCUUUAAACACAUAAAAAAUACAAAGACUAAAUUAAAGAAUUUUAGAAUAA